CCAGGAGCUCUGCGUCUCGGUACGUAACCAUGCGUGACGUCAGGUAACUUCCCGCUUCCCGCCCGCCUCCAGCCGAUCCUCCGUUCCUCUUUUUUCACUCCGUAUCGAAAGUGAGAUGUUGGGACAGAGCCGUUUCCUUCGGUCGUGUUUAGGAUCGUUUAUCCACUCCAGACCCCGGAAGUGCGCCGCAGCUGGUGGGAAUGAGGAUGUUUCACAGCUCUGACCUGCUCCUUAUGGACUUUCUGCUUCUAAUGUUUGCGUCAGCAGCAGGGAAAAUUCUACCGCCACAAAAUCUGACUCUGGUUUGGGAAACUGACUUCCAGCCUUGGUUCUCCUGGGAUCCACCGCCACGUUCAGACACGAGCUGCAAAUAUAAAGUGGACAUAACAGGAUAUAAGGAUAUGCAUCCAUCUUCAGUUGAGUCUGUAGCAGUGUCAGCGCGCUGCGGAGUGGAGCGGAGGAAAGGCCUGGAUCCAGACCGGGGAGUAAACAGGCAGCAGCUCCGUAGCAACACAACGUUUGGAAUGUUCUUGGUGAUGGAGGGAGGAUCUCUGUCUUUUUCUGUGAAAACCGUUUGUGGAAAUAACGAAAGUGAGCCAGCCACCUUAAAUGUCACAUCCCCAGAUCUGGUGACUGCUCUGGACUGCUACAGCUACACGGCCACUCUAGUGAACUGCACCUGGUCUGCUGCAGGAGAUUCUUCAAAUCUCACUUUUUCCUACAUAUUAGCCAAGGAGUUUGGUGACGAGCCUCCAGCAGAGUUGCAAGAAUGUUCUUCAUACAUGUCGUCUGGUGGCGUGAGGACAGGUUGUACUCUCCAGGCCAGCUUAUCCCAUGCUAUCCACAUCGUGCUACACUCAACAAUCAAUAGCACACUUAUUAGGAACACCUUCACUAAGAGGACCAUAUAUAAUGUCAGACCACCUCCUCUGGUUUGGAACGUCACAGAAAGUAAGCACACUCUCGCCAUCAGCUGGAGUCCUCCUGACAUGCUGGACCUGUCAGAAUGGGACUUCGUAAUAAACUACACCUUCUGUGAUGAGUACCAGAGCAUUAAAUAUAAAGAUGUACUAUCAGCUCUGAUCAACCGGGUUCCUGAAUGUCGUUACUGCAUAUCGAUUAAUGCUGAGAGUAAUAAAGGACAAACACCAGCGAGGGAAACGUGUGUUGAAGCUAAUGAGGACAGUCUGUUGGUUUAUGCAGCAACUACCGUCCCUCUGCUGUUUGCAUUCCUGACAGUCGUGGCUUUUGUUUGCUGCUGGAAGAAUCAGGACAAGAUUUUCCCCAAAGUCUUGUCCCCCCAUGAUCUCCUCAGUGAUAUUUGUGAAAACAAAGAUGAGAGCUCCCUCUGUAAGCUCUACGUACCAGCAGAGGAAGAAGCGAACUGCACAAUCACCCUGGUUGCUGACACUCGGACCAACAGAACAAACUGUUAGCACAUCUCCGCUGUUGACUCACCCUUCCAUAAAGAAGAAGCUGCUUCCAUAUUGUCAAGCAACACACCCGGCUUGUAGGUUUGCUGUUGUACGGUAAAGCCUAGUGCCGUCUGUUCUCAAAUUCACUUUUAGUCUGUUUGGUAAUAUUUUUGAUAUGAAAGGAAAAUGAGUAAAUUCAACCUUAAAUUAAUAAAUCUUCAAUAAACACAUCAAAUCAAACUGAAGUAGCAAACCACAGAAGUCAGUCUGAGGGUCAGAAGCUGUUCUGUAGGCUUGUUCCACAGCUGCUCAAUCUUCUGCCUGAAUCAAUCAAUCAAUCAAUCAAUCAAAGAUACUUUAUUAAUACCAGAGGGAAAUUAGAGUUUCAGUACACACAAUUCAGAGAUCAGACAUACAUGGGCAAGACACAUGACAAGAAUUGGUGACUGUGGUCAUUCGCAACCCUGAGUCGCGCUACCUUAAUAGAAAUCAGAGGGUUACAUGAGGAUUGGUUCAGGUGGAGGGAAAAAAAGGCACUUCAGAGUUACCCUCCACCAGGAGGGCAGCUUUGCUCUGCAAAAACACACCUCAGACAGAAAUGCAACAGACUUCAGACAACACAACAUAAGUGUCCACUAGGUGGGGUGGUGGGUUGGGACUAUCCCCACUUCAGUUCCUGCAGCCACGAUAAGCAGCGCAUGUCACCUCAGUGUGGAUAGGGGGAGGAGCAUUGAGGGUUGGAGGGUUGCAGUGACCCUGGACGUUUCAGCGGCCUUCCCGCAGUCCCGCCUAGGCUGGGAUAGGAGACAGAGUUGAGUUACCAUAGCGACGGCACAUUCCACAUAUCUUCUGAGGGGAAGUUUUCGUUGGAGCCUUGCAGGCUCAAGGACGCCAGAUUCCAAUUAGAAAUUGUUUUGGGGCCAGACAGAGAUAAUUUCCUCUCUGUCUUACAGUUCCUUGGUCCUCAACCUCUCAGAAUCCCAAUAAUGGACAUUAAUCUAUCCCAAUCCGUGCUGAUUCGUCCACUCUCUCCUUGAUGGCAUCCAUCUUUGUGCCAAUGAAUGAAUCUCGGCCAAAGUCCCAGGCUUACGAUUCAUCUCGACAUUUACGUGAGUCUGUGAAUUUACAGCGCGGUGCAAGGAAGGAAAGCUGAGGAUGGGUGAAGGCCAUCAUUUCAGGACAGGCUUAAAGCGGAGACACCAAAUAAUUUUUAUUCCAGAUUAUAACCUUACAAUCACACCAAGGCUGGUUCUAGACAGGCAUAUUUGAGGGGACUAACAGAAAUGUGAAGGGGGCACAUUGUAGUGACGGAGGAGGAAAAGGCGUGUGUUGGUGGUGGAGGCGCUCUGGAUAUUUUUGUCACGUGAUUGCACUGCAGACCUUUAUUCAUGCAUUCAUCGCAUCACACAUCAACUACCAUAGUAGCAUCUUAUAUGGUACCCCACCUAAAACCCUCAGCGAACUUCCCAUCUCCUAACCAAUUGUUUUGACCACAUUAUAUUUAGCCCCAUUCCCAUCUGUACCGGGUCGGCCCGGGCCGGGUAGCGUAGGUUGUUUACAUAUCUGGGUGGCCUGGAAUUUUCCCGGGCCAACCAAGGCUCAUUCUCAGCCCUCUUCUCGAGGGGGUCUGCUUCAGGCCGACCAGGGCCAACACACCCACUGCUGACAGCAAAUUCACACCUUCCAUUAGAGCAAGCCUCUGAUUGGUGGGUAGAAUCAGCCCACAUGGGCUUAAGACAAGGAUGUGUGGAAUCAACCGGGCCAGGCUGGGGCCGACUGGGGCUACCCGGCCCGGGCCGACCCGGUACAGAUGGGAAUGGCCCAUAAGUCUCUUCAAGGCCUCCACUGGCUUCCUCUCACUCAGCGCAUCACAUUCAAAGUUUUAAAGUCUAAUUUUGUUAUUGCAGAAUCUGCCUGUUUUAUCUAGACUUUUUUACACGGUCUUUGAGUGUCUGUAACAGCACUUUAUGAAUAAAAUGUAUUAUUAUUCCAUAUUAUGACCCUAAGACCUGUCCUGCGAUGGUGUCCCACCUGCAGGCUGAGCUUCUGCAGGUGCAGCUCUUAGUCACUGAGGCAUGUAAACCCCCAGACCACAACAAGGUGCCAACGCCUCAGAGGGAAAACUGAAAAAUAAACAACAAAUAAUAAAAUAAAAUAAUCUCAGGUUUUAGCAACUAGAAACGUGCAGACAUGUACAUACUGUACACCUGCUGUGCUUAUUUCGUUGCAAAUUUGAAAUAAUCUUUAGUUUCUGCACAAAACACAACAGAUCAACUGCUGAUAUCCUGCUGCUUGUUUUAAAGUAUGAUUAAAAUAAAAACACCAUUAGAGCAAAAUAUAAAAUGUGUCAGAACUCUAUGGUCAGUUGGUGUCGUCUAAAUAUUCUGGUGCUUGAACUGGAUUUUUUUAGGCACUUAAAGGUCUGUUUCUUGAUUUUCCACAAAUAUAAUGGAGUUUUACUGAAUCAUUACAGUUAGGGAUGCAACAAUACCACUUUUUUCCAAACCGAUACUUGGAUCUGAGUGCUCACCGAUACCGAUUCUUCUUCCACACAAAAAAUUGUAAAGAAUUGAAAUGCAGGUUUUAUUUUCUCCUCUGCCUUCAACAGGAAAAUACUGUGAGGUAGAUAAAAAAUUACACACAUUAAUAGAAAUGACAAGUUACAGUGAAGCCACUUUCAGGCAACUGCAUUGGUAUCGGUUAACUUUUACCGGUACCGGUAUCGGUGCAUCCCUAAUUACAGUGAUUUAAAGAUUCUGAGCAGUCUUGUACUUUUUGACCCAUAACUGAUGAAGAGCUCAGAUGGUUACAAUUUUGCUUAAAGAUGGAUCCAAGCCUGGAAUCCAGCACAUCUGGCCCAUAGCACAGCCUCCUAAAGAUGCACGAUCAUUGCCAACAUGCAUCUUUUUAUUUGUUUUAAAUAUCGAAAAGGGCUAAAUGACGUUGGUAAUAGUCCUGAAUUUUGACAUUUGUAAAUGGUAAAAAUGGUAAAUGGCCUGAAUUUGAUAUAGCGCCUUCUAGAGUCCUGGAACCCCCCAAGGCGCUUUACAACACAAUCAGUCAUUCACCCAUUCACACACACAUUCACACACUGGUGGUGAUGAGCUACGAUGUAGCCACAGCUGCCCUGGGGCGCACUGACAGAGGUUAGGCUGCCGAGCACUGGCGCCACCGGUCCCUCCGACCACCACCAGCAGGCAAGGUGGGUUAAGUGUCUUGCCCAAGGACACAACGACAGCGACAGACUGAGCGGGGCUCAAACCUGCAACCUUCCGAUUACGGGGCGAGCACUUAACUCCUGUGCCACCGUCGCCCAGAAACGUUUGGUUUGUCGUCCACCUGUCUUUUCUGAGACCACCUGGUGUAAAUACUGACGCCUCCCAGUCUGAUGGUUUUUUCCUGAUUCAUGAGGCUGCUGUUGUGAGAUCUGGUGCAUUUACCUGGCUGGGAAUUAUUUACAUACAGUAAAGUUUAUUAAUGCUAAGAAACACAGGAUCACAUGUUGUGUUUUGUUAGAAUGAAAUAGUAUUACUGCACCUGAUGAGUAGUUGUUUUUUAACGGCGUCAAGUUGUUUUCAGAGGUUAAAGUUCUGUAAAGAUUGGUGCUGCUGAGAGAAGCUGUGAUACGAACGGUGACUCGUUUGCUUGACAGAGUGAUAAUUUCUGCUUUAAUGUUACAGUCUCACAUAGAUUUAUUUUCUAUAAAUGCAUUUUUACUGUACAGAGAAAGGUCUAUCAUAUUUUAGAUUUGAUACAUGAUGGUAAUUUUUGCAGAUGUUUUUAAAUUAUUAUUUUAAAGGCGAACAUAUACUUUUGAUAUGUGAUUAGAAUGUACCUGAAAGCUCUCACUUAGCUUUGACUGUGAGCAAAAAUGGUUUCAUACUAGCCUGGCAAGCCAUUCUAUACAUGUGAAUAUUAGGGAUGUAAGAAAAUGUCGAUUAUGGCAAUAUAUUGUGAUAUUUUCCCCAGCGAUAUUAUAUCGAUAUUCAAAAGCUGUAUAUCGAAAAUAUUGAUAUCGCAAUAUAUCGUGAUUUUUUUCUUGCAAACAUGUAUCGAUAUUCAAAAGUCGUGUAUCUAAUUUUUGGAAGAAUUUACAUGGAAACAUUUGUGUAUUUUCUUUUCUUGUGGUGCAAUUCAAACGCCGGCCACUAGUUGGCAGCAGUGUGUAAUGGGUUUGUUUCUACCAUUGAAAUGUAAAUCCCUCUGUUAUGGUUAAACAUGUUAAGUAUCAGUUUGGACUGUUUAUUGAAUUUCCUAUAAUAAAUUUAGUCUAAAAAAAUCGCCAA